GGUUCCGGGUGGCGGUGCUGAUGUGGCUGUUGUUUGCUCGGAAGUGGCGGAGGGGGAGCUGGACGGUGACUGGAGGCCGGCCCGGCCGCCGCUGCUCUGCCCCCGGACAGGUGGCUCCGCCGGCAGCCUGAUCCUGUCAAUCGGCUUCCCGCCAGGGACCGGGCAGAAAUUUGGCGGCGGCCCAGAGAGCGGAGUCCGAUCCCACCAUGUUGAGUCGCCUGUCAGACCUGGCAAAAGGAGUCAACACUGUGCUGCAAGACCUCUCUGGCGAAGAUAGUGGAAAUGGGUCUAAUGCCUCCCAAGGAGCAGAAACCAGUCACCAGUCUGAGAUGGAGACCAGUAGCGACGUAUCAGAAGAUGUGGUGGAGCGUCUUGCACACACAGAGCAGUUGGUCAUUCAACUUAAAGAACUUAUACGCGAGAAAGACUUUCAACUUCAGAGCAAAGAUGCUGCAUUAAAGGAGGAGAAGGAGCUCUUUGAUGCCAGACUGUCAAAGCUAAAACUACAGGCAAAAGCAAAAGUUGCCUCAUUGAAUGCCCGGAUCGAGGAGCUACAGAAACAAGCAUUGCCCUCAACAUCGUCACAACCAGCCAGGACAGAGGAGUAUGCAACAGAGGGGAGUCUGGAGCAUCGCUUGCACAAUGAGAUUGAAAACCUCAAAGGUCAGCUUCAGAAACAGGAAGAGAGUUAUAGAAUUCUGCAGUCAACUGCAGAGGAUAUGAAAGACCAGCUUCAGGCUACUAGUGAACUUCUGAAGCAGAAGGAGGCUGAACAUGCCAAAGAGCUGCUGUCACUUCGAGAGGUCAUUCUGGACAAGGAUGCACGAUUCCAAGACUGCAUUCAAAAACAUGAGGAGGAGCUUGUACAGCUUGCAUCUGGCUCUGAGGUCAACAAAGAUCUGCACCAAACAGUGAAAUCUUUACAAAGAAAGCUGGAAGAGAAGGAGGAGGCCUUACUGGGACGGACCCGCGUGGUGGAGAUGCUGCAGCAGGAGCUAAACAACUGUGAUUGGGAGAAAAAGGUUCUCAAAGAAAAGCUGCAAGAUGCGGAAGCCAAUUUUGCUACCUUGCAAACUACAUUAGAUCAGGAGAAGGUGUCAGCUGAGAUGACACUGAGAGAGCUAAUGGAGAAAUAUGAGGUGGAGUUAACAGAGAAAGAUCAUACACUUAUGCACCUGCAGCAGACCCUGCAGAGUUCUCAGGCAUCCUGUGCUGAACUGACUGCACAAAGUCAACAGCUGCAGAGUACAGUUGAAGCCCAAGAGAAAAUAUGCCAAGCCCUGACUGAUGAAGUGAAACAGUUAAAAGAUGGUCUGAAGCAAAUUGAAGAAAAUGAGCAAUCAGAAGCCGACCCAACGUUACAAAAGGAAGCUUCUGUCAGAAUCCAAGCGCUUGAAGAAAAAGUUCAAUCGCUGCAGACUGCUGCUGAGGAACAGGUGGUGACAUCUCAGAACAGAUUGGCUGAGCUAGAGGAGGAGAAGGGAAGCCUAUUAUGGAGAAUAGUAGACUAUGAGGAGGUCAAGACUGAAAAUGAACGUCUGCGAGCCAGGAUUGAAGAACUUGAAAUGCAUGGGGCUAUGAUGUUGGCUCAACCCACUGAAGACUCUAAUCGGGCUGAAGACAGUGGCACCAAAUUAUUGGAAACUGUGGUACCAGAUCAAGCAACCCAUUCCAGAGACAUUUCACAAAGUGUCACAGAGCAGACUGACAAAAUGAAGAAUCUUCAGGAGGUCUCUGAACCAGAACAAAGAGCAACAGAACCAAUAGAAGUUCAGCACGGUGAAGCAGACACUGAGGAAUGCAGUGGGAUUCAUUCUCUGCAGAGGGUUAUUUCUGACAAAGGCAAAGAGCCUGGCUCUGUUACACAUCAACUAGCAGAAGCCCAGACGAAUCAGCAGUUGUUGCACGGGCUGAAUUCAGUAUUGUCAGAAGAUGGGAUUAUCUGUCAAAUAAGUACAGAGGAUGGAAAUCAGCUUAUGCCUGAGCAACAAGAAGCUGUGUGGGCAACAGAUAAGCAUUUUAAUGUAUAUACAGAGCAGAAGGAAGGAAUGAGCACCAUCACUGUGAUGGAAGAAGGGACAAGUUCAUCUGCUGAAGUGGAGAGCAUGAUGGUUUCAGUACAACUGGAGGGGAAGGCCACCUCUGUUCAGGUAGAACAGAGGAGUACAACAGUUGUCCAUGUGGGAGAGCAUACCUAUUCAACCACAGAAGUGUACAGUUGUGGGGAAAAUCUGGAAUAUAGUUCUGCCUCACAUGGAGGACGACCAGUGAUCUUGGGAAAGGAGCAGGAUGGUGGAAUUACAAGACAUGUUCCUGAGCUUCAAGGAGUUCAAAGCAAAGAAUCUGAGAAACUGCAAACACGCAUACAGGAGCUUGAAAAGGACCUGGAAGAGGUGGAGGCCUCCUACAGUAAGCAGCUAAAGGACAAACAUGAGGACUUUAUGGGCUUAAAUCAGGUAAUUUUGGAUUACAAGGAAGAGACGGCAAAUGCAAAGGAAGCCAUCAACAAGUUGAGUGCAGAGAAGAAUCAGCUUCUCAGUCAGAUUCAGCAGUACAGUGAAGAAUUGUCUAUAAUACCUCAACUGAAAGAAAAACUGAUAAAAGCAGAAGAGGCAGUCGAUGAAGAGAAAAAGAGCCUUCUGGCUUUGGAAAACCUGAGUAUGCAGAAUGGCUUAUUGGAGGAGCAGCUUCACAGUGCAGAAAAUGAAUCCAGGUCAAAGGAUGUGAAAAUUGAAGCUCUGGAGCAAGAGUUGGACAUCAUCCAGCGUCAGGUCACUGAGCAAGAGGUAGUAGUUAAAAAUUUGAGAGGGGAGUUACAGGAGAAGGAAGAAGCAACCUUGAACUUGGAGCAGCUUGUCAACGACGACAAGUCCAAAAUUGAGGAACUUGUACAGAAGCUGGCCUCCAAGGAGCAGGAAUUGGUGAGCGUGCAGCAGGGUCUUUUAGAAAAUGAAAGCAAAGUUCAGCAACUUCAGUUGAGUUUGUCAGAAAAGGACAGAGAAAUGGCUGAGGUCACUGUGAGCAUGUCUGAGAAAAUGGUAGCAUUGAAUGAAGAGAAAUUUUCAUUGGGAAACCAAGUGAAACAGUUAAAGGAGCAGCUGUUACUGCUACACAAAGAACAGGAGGGGAAAGAAGAGGAGAACCCCACUAGUGAGCCUGAGCAAUCCACCAAGGAUAAAGAACAAACUGACCUUCCACAAAGUGGCACAGACAGUUUUGAGCUGUUGCUGAAGGAGAAGGAUGACUUAAAGAAACAUGUAGAAAAUCUAACGAAGGAGAAUGAGCAAAUAAAAAGAAAGCUACAAGCUGCUUUGAUACAAAGGAAAGAGCUUUUAAGGAAAAUGGAAGAAAUGAAACAGGAAGCACGGAACAAAGACUUUGAAACAGAGGAAAGCCCUCCAUUGGGGAAUGAAGCGGGAUGCAGCGACCUAAACUCUUCAGAGCUAGUGAAACCACGUGAAGAAGCUCAAAUCCAGGAUCAACAGACAGCUGAUCUGGUUCGGACACUUUCUGAGAAGGAAAUAGAUUUGCAGAAUGUUAGGAAAGCUCUCCAAGAUCAAGAAGCUACUGUUGGUCACCUUCAGAAUUUGGUAGAGGAUCUGAGACAAAAGCUUCAGGAAAAAACAGAUCAAGUGAAUUCUCUGGAAGCAACUAUGUUGCACAAGCAGUUGGCCAUUCAACAGACAACAUUGCAAUGUGAGAUGGAAGAGAAGGAUGUUGAGAAUGAGAGCACUGAAGUAGAUUCUGAUAAGGUGUCUGAACCCACUGUCACAAUGGAAGGAUCAGUAAAAAGUAAGCAAACUGAGCUUGAGUCUAAGCUCUCUACUUUGGAACGAGAGAAAGAUCAGCUGCAGAAGAAGCUUGAGGAAGCUGUGAGUUUGCGCAAGGACACGAUCAAGAAGGCUCAGGAGAAAAAUAGGCUCCAUAGGGAACAAGUGAAACAACAGAAGGAGGAAUAUAAUGCUUUGCUGGAGAAUUUCAAUCAACAAAGUCAGGAGAAAGUGAGGAUUUGUGAAGAACUUUCAAGGGUGAAAGAGCAGCUGCAGCUGUUGGAAGAGAAGUCCCCUUUGGCUGCAGAAUUGCAACCAGGGAAACUACUUCAGGGGAAUUCUGAGGAAGCAAAAAUCCCAAAGGAGGAAUUGCCAGAGAAGAGGCAGCAUUUAGGUUGGAGCUAUGAAAUGAUAGAGACUUCAAGAACAGACCUGGUUCAGGCACUUGUAGAUGUAUCUGAAUCAAAAGCUGAAGAUCCUUUGGUGGUGCAGUUGAGAGAAGAACUUGAGGAGGUACACAAUAAAAAUAGUGAUCUUGAAUUAAAACUGCAGCAUUUGGCAAAUCUUGAGCAGAGAAUAAUGGAAGAAAGAGCAGUGUCUCAGGAUAAAGUCUCUGAGCUGCAAGAAACCCACCGCUUGGAGAAAGAAGAGUUACUUAAGGAAGUUGACCUUCUGAGAAAAAGAUAUCAGGACACAGAAGCACAUGCAGAAGAUCUAAAGUCUGCUUUGGAGGCAGCCAGAGCAGAAAGUUCUGAUUCUGAACACACGGCCAUUCUAAGCAAGCGAUAUGAAGAGUUAAAGGUCAUUUUGCAUAAAAAAGAUGAAGAAAUAGAACAUUUCCAUAUUCAGCUGAAGGAAAAAGAUGCACUUUUUGAAAAUCUGGAACAGAAGCUAUCUGAGAAGGAAGAUUUUAUUAAAACUCUACAGUCUCAAAUGGAAGAGCAAGCAAAAGAGUUUGAAGAUGAAAGAAAACUACUUCAGACGGAAAUCCUGGAAACUCGCCAAAAGCAAGAAGAAGAUACUGAAGAGGCCAAGUCAAAACAGCAAAUGCAGAGGAAGCUACAAGCUGCCUUGAUCUCACGCAAAGAAAAUUUGAAAGCGAACAAAUCACUGAAGGAAGAACUGGCUAAUGUAACAACACUGAAAGAAGAAUUAAGUCGCAAGCUGAGUGAAAUGGAGAUGGCCACUGAAGACCUGAGACAGGAAAAAGAAGACCUUAUGACAAAAUUGUCAAAUCUUCAGGAGCAAAAGGAAAACUUAAUCGCAGAAGUAGAUAAAUUGCUGGUUGAAAACCAGAAUUUCAGUGCUUCAUGUGAGAGCUUAAAACUAAUCAUUGACGGCAUUACACAAGAAAAAGAUACCUUGCAACGGGAAGUUGAAUUCUUAAAAGGUGAACAAAAGGCAGAGAGCUCAGAUUGGCAACGGAGACACGAAGAAUUACAAAAGGAAUAUGAAACGCUUCUACAAUCCUAUGAGAACGUUAGUGGUGAGAUUGAAAAGAUGCGCCGCGUACUCGAGAUUGGUAAACAGGAGAAGCAUGAGUUGCUCAGCAAGAUUCAAGAGGCUGAGGCUCAGAAACGAGAGGUAGAAAAGCAACUUCAGGAGGCAAUACAGGAGCAGGAAGGAAUGAAGGAAAAAAUGAGGAAGUUUGCGAAAUCAAAGCAGCAGAAAAUUAUGGAACUUGGAGAAGAAAUUGAGAGACUUCAGUCAGAACAGCAGUCUGAACAAAGAAUGCAGAUCAAGCCAAGUGAAUCUUCAGACUUAAUAGAAAGACAACUUCAGGAGGAACUUCAGAAAGCCAAACAGGAAACGGACAAGGUGGUGAAAGAACUUGAGACAUUUAAAGUUGAAAGGGAUUUUUUGGAGAGGGAGACCAAUGCUUUGAAACUGGAGCUGAAGGAGAUGGCUGAGAAGCUGGAAAAUAGUGAGAAAGUUUCAGCCAAACCUCAAAGCAACAUCAUUCAUGAACAGGAAAUUAAUAUGAAAGAAGCUAUUGAUACAUCCAUUGUAGUAGAAGUUAAACAGGAAUUAACCAGUAAAUUAGGUUCUUCAGCAGAGUCAACUGUAAUCCAUGCCUCUCCGGAGGGCUCGCAAGAUCUUGUUUUCUAUGAUGAAAUUACAAAGUACAGACAAGAACUGUCACAGUUGAUGGAACAACUAAGACAGAUGGAAAAUGACAAGCAAAUAAUAGAGAAUGAGUUGCAUGAAUUGAAGAAAACAAACCAACUUAUGAAAAGUGAAAAGGAUAGUUUGGAAGAACAACUGGUUAAAAAUAUGGAUGAAUGCAAAGAGAUACAUAAGACCGUCUCUGAACUAGAGCUCGCUAACCACCAAUUAAAGCAAAAAGUAGAAGAAGUAAAGAAGGAGAAAGCAUCUGCAGAUUUGGAUAAAGAUGAUCUAGAAGAGCGACUCAUGAAUCAGUUGGCAGAGCUAAACAGUAGCAUUGCCAAUUAUCAACAGGAGUCAAAAGAGCAUAACGACAAGAUUUCACAUUUAGAACUAACUAUGAGAGGGUACCAGAAACAGAUUGGUGAACUGGAAGAAGAGGUGAGGCAACUUGAGAGAGAAAAGGCAGAAGCUGCAGCCAAGUUGCAAAAGGACUUUGAGCAAAAAGUGAAGUCAAUGCAGAAGGGAAAGGAGGGGCGUAAAAUUCACAACAAAGAAUUACAGGAGCUGCUUAAAGAAAAACAGCAAGAGGUCAAGCAACUGCAGAAAGAUUGCAUUCGGUACCAGGAGAAGAUCAGUGGUUUAGAAAAAACCAUUCGGGCAUUGGAAUUUGUUCAGCAAGAGACCCAGAAGAGCUUGGAUGCUGCAAUGAAAGAAACAACAACACAACUGGAAAAUUGCAAAAAGGCCCAAGCGGAGUUGCUUUCCUGUAAAGUCCGACUUGAUGAUGCUCAAAGUGAGGCAGCUAGGAUCCUGGCAGACAAGUUGAAACUAAAAGAAGAGCUGCAGACUCUUGAAGAUAAGGCCAAAGAGCAAACCAUCUAUAUGGAAGAAGAACAAAAGAGAAGACUUAAUCUAGAAAAAGAUGAACAUAGAAAGGAGCUUAAAGCCAUACAAGAGAAAGUGGAAAGUUUGGAGCGUGAGAAGAAGCAUGCUGAAGACUCUGUUGAGGCACUACAGGGCAUAUUGGAAAAGAAGAAAGAAGAAAGCGAUCAGAUUCAAGCAAAUUUCAAUGAAAAUUUGGCCAAGCUAGCAGCUUUCACUCGUAGUAUGUCCUCUUUGCAGAAUGACCGUGAUAGAAUUAUUGAUGAGUCUAAAAAAUGGGAAAUCAAAUUCAAAGAUGCAAUAUUGAAGAAAGAAGAGGAGAUCAGGGACAAGGAAAAUGAUUGCAACAGGCUGAGGGAUCAGCUAAGGCAGGCCACCAUUCAUCAUGAGGAGCUGAAAAUCAAGCUUUCCAGGAUGGAGCACAGUGAGCAAGAAUGGGAAUCAAAGUUUAGGAUUGAAGAAGAGAAUCAGAGGCAAAUGAUGCAAAAAGUUCAGGAUGAAAAUAGGCAACUCUUCUCAAAAUCUGAAGAAUUCCAGAAGCUGUACAAGGAUUCUCAGAAUGAGCUACUGAAAUUAUCAGAAGAAACUAAGAGCUUAAGAGAACAGAUUGCCGAUUUGAACAGUUCUCUGGAGAAAUUUGAGGUGACCAAGGGGGACUUGGAGAAAAAUCUGAGAGCGCGAGAGGCAGAGGUACAGAAUUAUAUGCUAACCUGCAAACAACUUGAGUCUGAUCUCCAAAACUCCAAAGCUUUAACGGAGAAGCUCCAUCAAGAGGCUGGAGAAAAGGAGGAAAAGAUUGUUGCACUCCUGGCAGCGAAAGAGGAGGCUGUUGCCAAUGCCAUUGCUGAAGCUCAGCAACAGCACGCUGAAGAAAUAGGGGACUUGGAGAGUCAGGUUAAACAGCUAGGAAAGGAGAAAUCGGAAGGAGAGCAAGCAAUCAGAAAGCUGCAGAGGGAAACUGAAGAUCUGGAUGCAAAGCUGAGGCAAACUGAGGAGGAAUUAAAGCAGCACAAGAUAAAGCUGGAAUCCUUAACUAAAUCCAUGGCAUCUCUCCAGAAUGACCGGGAGAGAGUGCUGAGUGACUACAAACAGCUGGAGCAAAGGCACAUUGAUGUGAUCGUAGAAAAAGAUCAGCUGAUUCAGGAGGCUGCAGCUGAGUACAACAAACUGAAGAAUGAAUUUAGGAGCCAGCAAGGAGAGAGGGAUGAUUUGAAUUCAGAAAAUGCCAAACUCAACGCACAGCUUGUGAGGUACAGGGAAGAUCUCAAUCAGGUGAUUUUACUGAAGGAUUCUCAGCACAAGCAGUUCCUAAAAACUCAGCUCGAGAGAAUCAAAGCAUUGGAAAAUGAGAAAACUGAUGUGGAAAAGAGGUUACAAGAAAUGGAGAACAGUUCGAAAGAACUCAAGCAGAAAAAUGAAGCACUGAAAGAAGAGAAGCAGAAACAAACUGAACAGUUGCAGUUGACUGAGAAAAUCACUGAUGAACUGAAGGAAGAAAUAGAAAAAUUAACAAGUGGUGGGCCUGUUCAGAUGCUUCAGAAACAGCUGGAUGAAAAGAUAAUGGAAGUGGAGAAACUGACCACUGAUCUCUUCUCUGCACAGGAAAAGGUAGCUGAGCUUGAGCUGAAAAUAGUAGGGAUUGAAGAAGAAACAAGGCAGAAGCUCAUUGACACUGAAGCCAAUUAUGAGAAGGAACUUGAGAAUUUGCAGCAUAAUGCAGGCAUCAUGAGAAAUGAAACAGAAACAGCAGAAGAGAGAGUGGCUGAACUGGCAAGGGACCUUAUGGAGACUGAGCAGAGAUUGCGAGAAGCGUUAGAAAAAAUUGAUGAACUCCAGGGGCAGAACCAAUCUUUUGGGAAAGCCAUGAGUUCCUUGCAGGACAACCGAGAUGAUCUCCUGGUCCAACUUGAGAAGUUACAGAGCAAAUACAUGUCUGAUUUAGAGAUGGAAAGGAACAGGAGUGAAGAAUUGCACCAAGAACUAUCCCAAUCCAAAUCCCAAUGCUCUGAAUUAGUGGAAGAGAGGAACCGACUCUCCACAGAGUUGUCUGCUUGGAAGAACAAUACCAUUGAAGACAGCCUGUUGGCCCGCAUUGAUGAACUGAACACACAACUUGCUUCUCAGCAGCAAGUUGUGGAUGACUUAACCUUAGAACGAGAAAGCUCAGCCAAUCAGUUAAAAUCAUUUUCCAAGACUGUGAUGACGCUACAGGAUGAGAGGGACAGACUGAUGGAUGAAGUGGCCAAAACCAAAAAGGUUCAUGAAGUAAAGCAGGGGUCCUCUUCAAAGCCAGGCGAGGUGCAGAGUUUGAGAAAUGCUCUGUCUUCAUUGCAGAAUGAUCGAGAUAGACUGCUGAAGGAGUUGAAAAGUCUGCAACAGCAGUAUGUGAGGAUUGGGGAGGAGACAGCUGAAAUAUCUCAGCUCCAGGCUCAGCUGGAAAACCAAAAGCAACAGAUAGCUAAUUACCAAGUAACCCAGGAGCAACUGAAGCAAGAAUAUAGUGCCUGCCAAGAAGAAUUGGGACACCUAAGGUCUGAGAAGUUGUCUUCUGCUGCACAGAGUGAGAGGCUGAAGGAACAGUAUCUGAUUGCUGUGUCAGAUAAGGACAAACAGAUCCAUGAGCUUCAAAGCAUGUGCCAGGAGAUGAGGCUAAAGUUAAUGCAGCAGGGACAUGCAGAGGCAGCUGACCUUGGUGAGGCUCUUAAAGAAGACCUGCAGAUCGAGAACAGGCAGCUGAAGGGCCAGCUGAAUGACAGCCUAAAAGAGCUGCAUCAGAAGGAGCUUCGUAUCCAGAAACUCAACAGCAAGAUGUCUGUGGUGUUUGAAGAGAAGAUUGCACUCUCUGCCCAGGUGCGGGCCACAACACAGAACCUGCGUGACACACAGCAACGACUGAAUGAGUUACAGUUGCAUCAUGCAACCCUUGAACACCAACUGCAGGUGUCCACAGGGCUGCUGGAUGAGAAGGAGAAGACAGACCUUAUGGUUGACACUGCGCCUGGUGGCCCUCAGGAGAAGGACAGAACUGAGAUGCAGGUUAAAGAAACUGAUCUGAAACACCUAAAGCAAAGGCUAAUUGAAGCUAAACAGUUACAGGACAGAACUGAGCAGGAGCUGAGCCAUUUGGAGAGUUUGCUGGCUGAAGAACAGGAAAAGCGAUUGGCUGCUGAAGAAGCCCUUCUCUCUGCUGAACAUCAACUGAAAAGUGUGGAGCUGAGUGAGUGGGUCAAUGCCCAGGAGAGGAACCUCAAUGCCUCAGCCUUGACAGAGCAUUCCCUGUUGAUAGAUCUACCGGAGAGUGCCACUCCCAGCAAGACGCGGAGGAGCUCCAAUGUGAGGUCGUUUUGUUCUCUGUUCCAUGCCCGACAUCGGACCAAGUUGCUGUUUUCCUUGUAUUUUGUUGUGCUACAUGUACUGUUCCUCUUGUGUUUCACUGGGAACCUCUAAACUCCAGGAUGUCUGAUGUUCUGCUCGGAUAGGACUUACAGACAGUCAGCUAAUGGAAUGCACUCGUGGCACUUCACACCAGGAACACUAGCUUUAACUAUGCUUGGAGAUGAAGAUUUCUUUUGUCUUCAAUGGGAAUUUCUACCUGUUUGCAAAACGUGUUAUUUUACUCUGAGUUUUUCUUUCUGUUUUUAACUGAUGAUAUUGCUCAUUUUUACAGUACUGUAGGGGAUCUGAUCUUGUGGGUUUGCCCUGGAUAGUAAUGGGCAUUGGUAAAUAUCAUGGGCUCAUAGAGCACAAAUAGUGAAUAGAUGUCAGGUUGUACAUUCAGGAGGUGUGACUAGGUUACACCUAAUUUCCCUCUGAUAUCCUCCUCCACAUACCUGCCAUGAGAGAGGAAUGAUUUGUUUACCAUCUUUUCCAAGGAAGGAAUAUUUUCUCCAAAGAAACAGAAUAGCUUUCCUUAUUCUGCACAUGUUCAUACACUUUGGUUCGUUAUUGCUGUAAUGUAGAUGAGUGGUCAGCAGUCUGCAAUUUCAGAUAUGCUUCAAUAGAUGGUAGUGUUGCACUACUAUAAGCAGCACACUACAGAGAGAUGACCCUCAAAGGGAAUGCUGCAGAAUGUAAUAUAUGUAAAAUGCUUUACAGUCAUUAAGAUCUCAUUAUCUUCGGGAAAGGAGAGAAUGGAGCUGAGGGAAGAAUAAUCCAACACGGGAUGUUUGUCAGUUCAGGCAAGAGAGAGAAAUUGCAAUUCACAGUCAAAUACAUUGUUAGAUUUUUGGAAAAUUCCGACAAAUCAGGGUAAAAGUCUUGUGGUGUCAGGCAGGACAUUUCACUUGGUUGUAAGUGGUCUUUGGGUGAACUGGACACAUGAUUAUAUAUCUUUACCAGUUUCAGCUAUUUCCUGUUGCCUUAUGGGGUUGUCCCAUUUGUUCUGUCUGUCAGCUGAUUAACAAGUGCCUUACCACAACACACUUACAUUUUGGACUUUUAAACUCUUUGUGAUUUUGAUAUUGGUUCAUCCUUACAAUUGUUUUGCUGCUGAAAUAGUGCAACUCCAAACCCUGUGCUUGGAAGUCUCAGUGGAGGGCAGGGGGUGAUCUGCAAUAUCAAGGAAGGGGCAUUGUACUGUUGAGGAGGCAUGAGGCUUGUAGUAUUGGCUGUCUGUAACAUAGUGGGGUGUGGACCAUUCAACAUAUGGAGCAGAGCAGUGGGAGAACACUGAUCACUUGUUUAUCCUGUGUGGAGAAGUUGGUUUACUGGUUUGCGUGCAAGUAGAAUGUCAUUCUGGGUUGGGGGCACGACAGAGUGUGACAAAAAUACGUAAUACCAGGAGCAUGACAGCAGAGUGUAAUAAAGGGCUGUAGCAUGCAGCGAUCAGCCAGUCAAUGGUGACCAGCACAUGACAGGAGUUCAUUGACAAGGAGAAAUGGAAGCAGUGAUAAUCUUUGCCAACAAGGUGUAUUUAAUGGCAGUGCUGGCUUGGGUGCGACAAGGAUGACGAUAAAGUAUGGUAGGGGAAGUGAAGGCAGGAUGCGUCAACAAAGGCCUUUUUAUUUGCUUCUGGUGAGGAUGAGGUGACGUGUUGUGAAUGCAGGUUGUUGCUCGAUCUCUUCUGUAGAGAAAAGAGGGGAGAUAGGUUUAAAAUACAAGACAUGAGCACCAUUGGGUAAAUGUACUUCUGAUGAGAAUGGAGACAACUUGCAGGAAUAUCCCAAACUGACCCCUGACCCCUGACUCUUCACCACACAUGCAUCCCACUGGCUCAGCAGCUCACCAGUGAUUGUCAGGGGUACAAUUGGCCCCAGGUUCCAGGUAAUAGGGUUUCCAGUCUGGCACCAUCCAUCCCAAACAUUGUCCCCAAUCUAGUGUCCCGAGUCCUCCAAGCUAAGAGCAAAACCCAGCUGUAUGCUGUCCCAAAGGGUGCCUUCAUCCUGAGAGUAAUUACAUUUCCCAUGCCCAAAACAAGAAGGGCCCUCAUCCCAAGAGAUUCCUCUUCCCUCAACAUCCCCAUAAUCUCAAUCUCAAGAACAAUCCAGAUGUUGUGAGAAUACCUGGGUUUUGGUCACUUGAGCAGCAGCGCAACGUUGCAGAAUACAGGUCAGAUUAUGAGUUGUCCUGUGUAUGUAUUUGUGCAGUUGGAGGUUUCCUGCAUUUUAAUGAAAAACUUCUUCAUAGUUUGUGAAAUCACAAGGAGUUUAAAAUAUUUUUAUACAUAAAAUAUAUUUAAAUAUUCCAUUUUACUGGGGAGAUUUCUAUUUCUUGUGUAUAGUAAAUGAGAGGUCUGUACUUAAGGUGCUCCUGUUUAAUUUAAAUUGUCUAUUUAUAAUAUGCAACUCAGAUGAGUAGUGUAUUCCCUUUUGUUGGGAACUGUAGAUAAAAUGGUUGCCAAUGGUUCUCUGCAGUAAAUGAAAUGGCUGCUGAUAUUCAAACUCCUUUCACACUGUUUGCUGCGAUUUUUCCAUGUUGGGCUUAAAUAUUGAGGGAGGGGUCAAUGAAGAGUCAGCAGCACUGCUACAAAUCAUUGAAGUUGUGGCAAUAGUUGGCGGGGAGAGUAAGCUGGAGGUACACCAAUGACCAAAGUAUACAUGUAUGGCUUUGAAUAAAGUAUUUUUGAAAACAAA